UUUUGGUUCAUACCGACACCUAAAUCUUAUUGCUUUUAGGGUAAUAACCUUUUUGAAAAUAUUAAAUUCAAAACUUUAACAGAGCAUAUUCAUUACUUGCAAAAAGCUAGUCAUCAUUCAUAAUUUCAAUGGAAAAACCCUAAUUCAAGAUUUGGAAUCUUUGUUACAUCAGCAAGCCAUAACCAGAUGUGAGAGAGGCAGGCAGGCAGGCCAUUUGACCGCUUUCCCCAUCCUUUCCCGCGUUCCAUUAAUGCCCCCAACACUCGCCACAAACUUUUCUUCACCGCCGCAACAAAACCCUCCUUUCUUCCAAAUGCAUAUUCUCACACUUUUCCCCUUCAAUUUUAUUGAUCUAAAGACCCUCUGUAAAAGUAAAACCCCAUAUGAUUUACCUUCUACUUCGUUAUUCUAUUGUUAGCAUGUUUCAAAGCAAUCCCAGAUGAUGUUUACCCUUUCAAGAUUCAAAUCUCUUGUAUCCUGUUCGGCGUUAAACCUUGAAUUCUCCGUUCAUCAUAUAUAAUGUCAUAUCUACAAGAUUCUGUUUCGUUUGGAGCUCGAAGAUGAACUCCAAUUAUUCAUUGGCACUUACUCUCACAGACAUUCUUUAUGUGGUCAACCCUACACAAGAUGAUUGGUCAAAACGAUUUCAAAUCAUUAAUGAUCUUCGAUCUGUUGUUGAAACUUUGGAAAUUCUUAGAGGUGCUACAGUGGAGCCUUUUGGUUCUUUUGUGUCUAAUCUUUUCACAAGAUGGGGUGAUUUAGAUGUUUCCAUUGAAUUACCAAAUGGUUCUUACAUUUCUUCUGCUGGAAAAAAGUACAAGCAAACUUUACUAUUGGAUGUGCUAAAAGCCCUUAAAAGAAAAGGUGGAUUUCAUGGGAUAAAAUAUAUAUCACAUGCAAGAGUCCCAAUCUUGAAAUGUGAUAGCAACAAGGACAAUAUCUCUUGUGAUAUUUCCAUCAACAAUUUGUCUGGUCAAAUGAAGUCUAAAAUGUUGUUUUGGAUAAACGAAAUUGAUGGGCGUUUUCGUGAUUUGGUUUUAAUUGUCAAAGAAUGGGCAAAAGCACAUGGUAUUAAUGAUCCUAAAACCGGGACUUUAAAUUCUUAUUCCCUUAGCUUACUCAUCAUAUUUCAUUUUCAGACUUGUGAACCUGCUAUUCUACCUCCUUUAAGUGAAAUUUACCAAGGGAAUAUGGCUGCUGAUCUUUUCGGUGUGAGAGCUGUUGCUGAAAAGAACAUUGAAGAUGCAUGUAGUUUGAGCAUAAACAGGAUUAAAUCAGACAAGUCAAGAAGGGUUAACAGAAGCUCUUUAGCAGAUCUUUUUCUUUCGUUUCUUGAGAAAUUUUGUGACAUUAAUGUGAGGGCAUCAACACAAGGGAUUAGUCCGUAUAAUGGACAAUGGGAAGAUAUUGAUACAAAUAUGAUAUGGCAGCCCAAAACUUAUGCACUAUUUAUUGAGGACCCGUUUGAGCAACCAAUGAAUUGUGCAAGGGCUGUUGGGCACAGAAACUUGAUGAAAAUUGCACAAGUGUUUCAAAGCAGCUAUGAGAAGCUGACUUCUCCUAAUUUGACUCAUCCACUUGCUGUUCUUGUGAGGCCUGAAGUUUUGAGUAUUAUGUCAAGAUCUCAAGUUCCAAGCUUUGUUGGUGGUAUCAAUGGCAUGAAUCUGGGCCCACAGUUUCAGAGAAACCCUGUUGGUAGUAGUAAUGUUAGGGGUGGUGGUGGUGGUGGGGCCCAUUUGCAGUUGCCAUAUAGGAACACCGGUAACAACAACAAUGGUGGUUUGCAGGCACACAGAGGAGGAGGUGUAUAUCCUCGUGGUGCACGUGCACCCGGACAAGGAUUACAGCAACAACCUUUUAUGUAUCAGAACAUGAUGAAUCCCAGACCUUUGAUGGGAAGUCAAAGUCAAAGUCAAAGGAACACGAACCAGAGACCAACAACAGGGCAGUCUUCUUCUCAAAGUCAACAACAAGUUCAUCAGAUAUGGAGGCCAAGAUCAGAGAAAUAGUUGUGUUUUUGGGAAAAGAGAUUUUGAGAUGUUUUGGUUUGGUUUGGUUUGUUUGAGUUGGUGGAUUGAUUUUGAGAUGUUUUGCACAAUUGUAUGAAUUUUGGUCCCGAUGAGAUGAGAGGUCCAACUUUGUCAAUACUUUGAAAGAUUUUUUGAUCUUAUAUGAUGAUUUUGGGACAUUGUUUA